UGAGGGAGGAACUUCCUGCUUCCUCCGCUCGGGGCCAUGUUAGCUGUUCGCUGUUUUGUUUACCCGGUGUGAAAGGUUCGGGAAUUCUGGGCCAAUCCUGAGGUGACGGAAUUUAGGAAGUCCGAGAAAGAGCUUCUGUCCCCGCUGCACAGAGGCAAGUCUCAGGCUCGACGCCGCCGCCCGGGGUGCCCCAUCCCAGGCCUCGGAUCGGGACCGCCUCGCCCGUGUGCUCUCUCCUCUCCUGGCCCCGCUCCGCCCCCAGAGUCCGAUGGCAGCGGCAGCCCCGAAGAACCCACUUAAGGGCAGUGUGACCUUUGAGGAUGUGGCUGUGUACUUCUCCUGGGAGGAAUGGAGUCUCCUUGAUGAUGCUCAGAGAUGCCUGUACCACAAUGUGAUGCUGGAGAACUUGGCACUUAUAAUCUCCUUGGGUUGUUGGCAUGGAGCAGAGGAUGAAGAGGCACCUUCUGAACAGAACAUUUCUGUACAUGGAAUGUCACAGGUCAGGAUUCCCAAGGCAGGCAUGUUCUCCCAGAAGGCCCAUUUUUGUGACCUGGACUUGGGAGACAUUUUGCACUUGACUGAGCAUCAGAGGCAGAAACUGUAUGACAUUGGGGCAUGGGAGAAACCCUUGUAUUUCAGUGUAAAAUAUCAGCACCGCAAGCAGCACAUUGGAGAGAAAUACCUCAGAAGCAAGAUGGGCAAAGCCUCAUUUAUGACCAACUACAGACUUUUUGUGUUGGGGAAGUCACUUUCUUGUGGAGAGUCCACACAGACCAGGGAUAAGUCAAACAGGAGAACUGAGUGUGGAGCGGCCUUUCACAGGGGGAAAACUCAUUACAGCCCUGGAGAAUGCACUGAAGACUUCAAUUGCAGACAUAUACUUUCUCAGCAUCAGAGAGUCCUCACUAGAGAAAAAUGCUACACAUGUAAUGAAUGUGGGAAAUCUUUUAGCAAAAGCUACAGCCUCAAUGACCAUUGGAGAGUUCACACAGGAGAAAAGCCUUAUGAGUGUGGGGAAUGUGGGAAAUCCUUUAGACAGAGCUCUAGCCUCAUUCAGCAUCGGAGAGUUCACACUGGAGCAAGACCUCAUGAGUGUGAUGAAUGCGGAAAAUUAUUUAGCAACAAAUCCAACCUUAUUAAACAUCGGAGAAUUCAUACUGGAGAAAGGCCGUAUGAGUGUAGUGAAUGUGGGAAAUCCUUUAGCGAAAGCUCUGCACUCCUUCAACACCGGAGUGUUCACACUGGAGAAAGGCCUUAUGAGUGCAGUGAAUGUGGAAAAUUCUUUACAUACCACUCCAGUCUCAUAAAACACCAGAGAGUUCACUCUGGAUCAAGGCCCUAUGAGUGCAAUGAAUGUGGAAAGUCCUUUACCCAAAACUCCAGCCUCAUUGAACACCGUAGAGUUCAUAGUGGAGAAAGGCCUUACAAGUGCAGUGAAUGUGGGAAAUCUUUUAGCCAAAGCUCUGCACUUCUGCAGCAUCGGAGAGUUCACACUGGAGAAAGGCCUUAUGAGUGCAAUGAAUGUGGGAAAUUCUUUACUUACAGCUCCAGUCUCUUAAAACACCAGAGAGUUCACACGGGAUCAAGGCCUUAUGAGUGUAGCGAGUGUGGGAAAUCUUUUACUCAAAACUCCAGCCUCAUUAAACACAGGAGAAUUCAUACUGGAGAAAGGCCUUAUGAGUGUAGUGAAUGUGGGAAAUCUUUUAGCCAUAGCUCUAGCCUUAUUAAACACCGAAGAGUUCACACUUGUUAAAGGCCUGACAAGUGCAGUGAAUUUGGGAAAUCGUUUACCCAUAGGGCCAGCUUCAGCGACCACUGGAAUGUUUACAUCAGAGACAUGCUUUGUGUGUAUUUGUAUGUGGGAAAUUAAUCUUUAGGCUCCUAAAACAGCAUAAUGUCACAUUGGAUGAACGCCUUUUGAGUAUGGCAGACAUGGAAAAUCGUGUAGCUGAAGUCUAGCUUCAGUAUACUCCAGAGAAUUCAGUGGAGAACGGCCUUACAAGUUCAGCGAAUGUGAGAAAGCCUUCAGCUGAAGAACGUAUUUCACUGAAUACCACAAUUUCAAAUGGGAGCACUAUCUUCAGUGUGCAGGUAUAUAUGAUUUCUUUGUUGAGUGCGACAACACUGGAGGAAAUCCCUUAUGAAGAUGCCAUUUGCCUGUUUAAACCUCAUUCAUCCAAACAUCCACUUAACUUCAGGUAUGUGGGAACUGUGUUGCACUUUUUAACCUCUCCAGAACCCUUGCCAGAUUGAUGUCACUGCAGUUCUGUAGCAGAAAUCAUAUCACCCCUAACUGCCAGGCGGAUUUCUAUCGUGUGCCACAUUCACCCAGCCUAGUGUGUUCAGGGAAGGAAACCCCAGUUCUGACCCAUUUAUGGGAUGAUUCAUGAGCAGCUUGAGCACUUAAGUCUUCCCCAGUUUUUUGCCCUCCUUCAUGAAUUAAAGCAUGGACCUUACCCACUUUUGGCCUAAAGGACUCUGCUGGUGAUUUGAAAAGAUGGACUACACUUUUCAGGGAUAUUACUGGUCUCAUGAGACUCCAGUGAUGGGAUUUUCUAGCUUCUAAGACAUCAACCCAGGAAACAGUCAGUUUCCCCUUGCUCUUGUUUGUAGAAUAGUAAAGGUCUUACUGUUUAAGCCAUCAUUUAUCUUAGGAGUUCCUUCACUGUAUGGGGUGGUUUGUUGUUAAUUGGGUUUGCUAGCCUGAAGAGAUGAAAUACUCUGGUGAGGAUCCCAAAUUGUGUGCCUCAGUGGAGACAGUAUGAUGGCAGAAUAUGCCUCUCCAAUUGUGGCCUAGGUUGCAUUGCUGCUCAAAGCCUUCAAGGAAAAGGACCACCUUCAAGGACCACCUUUGUGGUCCUAAUUUAUAAAUUGUAUGCCAUGAUAUUUUUCAGGUUCAGAGUUCAAACUGAGGAGGGGGCAGUUUCUGGUUGCUGUGACUACUCUCAGUGCUUCUGAGAGCAACAUAAACGUGUUCUCUUGUUCACAGGUGAUGUUGCAUCUUGCUCAGCACUGUUGAGGGAAAUCUGUUCCCCAGGUCCUGCAGUGGAGCCCUGUGCCUUGAUGUCCUGAAUUCUGUAGAGUAACAGCAGUGAUUUUAAGAUUAUAUAAACACUGGAUUAAUAGUGGAGGAGACUGCAGCAUACUGAUUAGAAUGUGCCCCUUUCAAAAGGUCACUCAAAAUGUUUAAUCACUAUGGCUUUGGAGGAUAAGCAGUGUUCUGAGUUGGCUGAAGUACUUCAGUGUGUCUUGAAUUUGCAGUUUCUUGUGGAGGAGACACAUUCUUAGAGAAUGGAUGUUCAGUCUGGUCGUUCAAAUCUCUGGCAUCGUCAGACUUCUCAGCUUCCAGGUGGGAAAAGAAGUCUGUUAGAUCGUUCUUCUCCUGCGCACAUGCAGUCACUCUCAUCUUUUAACUGGCCCAAGAGAUGCAAACUAUGAUUUGAAAAAGUCUGCUAGACCUCACUUGAAAUACAUUUGUAGGUUAAAAAAACUCAGUUGAAAAGAAAAGAAAACUUUUGAAAAGGAUGUGUUGAUGAUAUCUGGGGUGGGGGGGUGGGGGGGGGAGUGUCCUAACAUAGGAUGAAAGAAAGAUAACCAUUAAUCUUAAAAAAAUUUUUAUUUAUUUAUUUUUACCAUUAAUCUUCUAAUGCUUUAUGAAGAUUAGGCUCUUUAUUUUUUUAUUUAUCCUUUAUUGACUUACAGUUUACAGUGUUUUUUGGGCAGGCUCUUUAUAUUGCUACAUAAAUUCUUAGUGAAAGAUAUUUUUGAAGGAAAAAUUGUUAGAAUGUGAUUUUGAAUAACGGCCUUGACUUUCAGGUUACCAGAUAAGAAGAAGCAGGAAACUCAACAAAAUUUGCUUUCAAGAGUCUUUAAACAUUUGUUUAUGUAUGUAGAUGUUUACAAAUUAUGUAUUUUUAAAGUUUCUCAUUAUAUUGACUUUCUGAACAAAUUAAAUUGAUUUAAUAAUUUUAUUUGACAAA